AUGACGCAUAAUCAUGUACACUUCAAAAACGUCGAGGAAAAGAAGAGCAGCAGCGAAAUUGUAGUGAACAAAGAGAAUGAUAACACGUUCAACGUGCAGAUGGGAAUUCUUAUGGCUGAACAUGAGUACACUGUCUCGUUUAAGAUCCCGAUUGCGACGAGCUUCAAUCUCGACAAAAUUGAGAAAGGAGAGAUCCAGAUCUCGAACGUCUCGCUCACCGCAGAUGAUCAUUUGGGAACUCCAUUCUUGCGCGAUGGUCUUCAUUUGGUUCGCCGCAUCACCGCUGAAUAA